CCGCUCCACGCCCGCCUGCGCCCGUACCUAUGCUGAAGAUCGGCGAUGAGACACCAACCUCGUCUCAAGAGCCUCUCGUUGACGAGAUUGCCUCUUGUCUGCGCGAAUGGCACUCGACAAAGGUCCAUGAGCUUUUGCUGGCGCGCAAAUACACACUGCUGGACAACAUGUCUUCUCUGGUCAAUCGGCUCGAUACAGCAAGGCGACAGCUGCUACAUAAGGUCCUUACGGCAAAAGAACUGGAAAAGGUGCGAGAGGCUACCGUCUGGGACCUCGUAGCAGGGAACAAACUGCUGUCUGGAGAUGUCAUCGUGCGCAGCCCUUCGCAGCGUGGUCGAAUAUUGACGGGAGAUGAUUCGGCCAUCGAGACAACAAAGCUGCAGUCGAUGAUGAGUUUGCUGGAAAGUCGGCCCAUGCCACAGCCAGACGAACACAACCUGCACCAUCUCUUUGUGAGCCUGCGGCGUGUCGCCGGCGAUGUUGUACCCGGCGCUGCCCAAGUGAGCAUGUAUCUUUGUCUGAAGACGCCUGGCAUGGCCCCACAGCCACUCUCAGAAGCAUUUUCGUUCGACUUGACUGCACGGGAUGGGUCGUCGGUCUCUUUGGCCGGUGACAAGCUGCGCUCACUUAUCGUAGACCUAAGCUCUACUGACAUUGGCGAGGGUGCAGGCUCUGGCUCAAGCAUACACCUUGUGUUUAGGCUAAUGAUCAACGAGCCAAUACGAACAGCCGUACAGGAUAAGUCAGGCGCGCCAAAAGACAGUGUUGCUGCCAAUGGGGCGGGAGUGCAACCCUCGCAGCAUGGAAGCAUCAAAGGCGGCAGACGAAGUGCCAUGUUUGGCUCCAGGAGGAAAGACUCAUCCACCACGACAUCUAGAACUACCACCACUACUACUACGUCAACGACGACCGGAUCCUCGGAAGGACGCCACACAAGCCCUGACCUGCAGAAGACGCAGACCUCUGAGGGUCGACCUGCUUCGGCUGCUACCAAGAACAGAACGCCUUCGAGAGACCAGAAGACUUUGAAGAGAGCCGUCGCAGUUGGUGUUUUGCGCGUGAAUCAGGUCAUGAAGAACGUUUCAGAGGUGGAUCACACGCUCACCUUGUGGUCUACUGCUGACUCAUCUGACGAAGUAUCAGACGAUGAUGCAGGCUGGGACGACAUCCUGACCGAACUCUACCCAAGCGCAAGCGGAAAGCACAGGCGCAAUGGUCCCAUUAGCAGUCUUACUGUCCACCUGAAAGCUUUCGUGCACCCAGAUGCCGAAGGUCUGAUCGAGAGGACGCCGACGAUGCUUCACAACAUCAAGCAAAUUCGAAAGAUCGGAUUCUCAGGCGCCCCAACCAAACCGCGCAGUGAUAUAUACGUGACACUUGUGGAGCCAUUCUUACCCAAGAACGCCUUCCUGGCUCAUCCUAAGACUGGAACAGUGCCCCUUGUACAAUCGUUACCCAUGGGAAGCCUGCAGUUGACCAUCGAAGUCCGAAAGAGCUCAGGAGAGAGGAUCGAUGGUUGCAUCUACCCUUCCACUAACAGUGCAGGGCAUACUGCGUGGCGCACAACAGCCGUGGAGAGAGGGGAAGGAUGGAACGCCACCAUUCGCCUCGCCAUCGACCCGCAAGACGUGCCUGGAUCUCACCUUGUCAUGAGUGUGGCAGAUGCACCCGGCUUUCCGUUUGCACUGUGUUGGAUGCCGCUUUGGAGCCAUGAUGCCUUUGUACGGGACGGCGACCACGCCCUGUCUCUCUACCGGUAUGACGAAUAUACCUCAGGAAUGAUCGCAGGAAAAGGCGCAUAUCUUGGAUUACCCUGGAGCGCGAAGAAGAAGGAUGAGCACGUCAUGGGCGGUCCCAUGGCCGCCGUACAUGUCAAAACCUUCCUGUGCAGCACGAAGUACUCGCAAGAUCCUACGAUACUUGGGCUCAUCAAAUGGCAAGAGCAACCACCAGGCGAACUCGUUGGCCUUCUUCGACGCUUCAACUUCGUACCGGAGAUCGAGAUAGUGAAGCUACUGAGCGAGGUGUUUGACGCGCUGUUCGCCAUACAGAGUCACUAUGCUGGCAGUGAUGAGUAUGAGGACCUGGUCUUCAAUGCUGUAGUGAUCGUUUUAGGUAUCGUCCAUGAUCGCCGUUUCAACCUGGAGCCACUCGUCGACCAAUACGCAAGAACGAAGGUAUUCCAUUCGCUCGUGACGUCCUGUUUGACUCAGAGCUUUGGAAGACUUCUGGCUAAGCCUGCCGAAUCAGAAAGCUCACGACGCUUACGAGCCACUUUCAAGGUCGGCAAUCUUGUCACGAAGUUCCUUGUCAACGCAAGAGAGAAACAGCGAGUCAAGGAGGAAAGCAUCGGUAUCAAGGAUCGUACCCAGUUCAACAAGGAGCUCAAAAACCUUUUCGCCUCCCUUGAGCACUUGAUGAAAAACCCUUCUCCAGUACUCAUUGGAACCAAGACGCUGCUGGUCCAAAACUUCCAUUCUUGGCUUCCGGAACUGGAGGGAUGCAUGUCCUCUCUGGAAAUUUUCAAACUAGCAGACAGCUUCAUUGAGGCUUGCGCCGACGUACAAGGCAAGCUUGUAUUGUACAAAUUAUUGCUGAUCCACCACAUCUCGGGCCUUCAAAUCUUCCGCGCACCAGAUACACGCAAGACACUUCUCAAGAAAACCGUCGCAUGGCUCGCGCCGUACUGGGGCCAAGUGGAGAAUGUUACAGACCAGUGGAAGGAUCAAGUGCGCCUGUGCUGUUCGGUUGUGGCGUCACAAGUUGAGGAACUGGGUCAGGAGGUGUGCGACUACAUGCCUAAGCUUGUACACUCGUACCGAGCAAUACAAGCAACCCCUCGACCAGUCAAGAAAAGUCUCUCACUUCUGUUUCCAACGACAUAUCCGUUCCAGUCUCGGCCAACGACAAAGGAAGCAACAUUCGAUGAAGCUCUUGUCGAAAUAUCUGCCGUUCUUGCUGCCAUGUCUAGCCUGCCAACAAUAAUUCACCUCGACUGGCAAAGGGAAGAGACCGCCGAGUUCCUCUUCUCCGUGCUACAAGUCUACAUCUCCAUACUUGACUGCGAAGCAUUUCCUAGCUCCUGGUUGAGCGUGCACAUCUACCAUCACAAAGCCACCAUGCGAGCUCUUACAAAGCUUUUCAGCAUUCUCACUGACUCCUUCCUACCUCUACCUGACGAGGCGGAUCAGUUCAAAACAGAGCUCUGGCGAGCUUUCUUCGAUGCACUCUUGAAGCUUGUUGGCAGUGAUGCACUUGCUCUGGAAACUUUCCCAGAACAGAAGAGACGAGCGGUGUGGAAGAUUGCUGGGGAUGUUCGUGAGCAUGGCGCGGAGUUGUUACAACGCGGUUGGGAAGCGAUUGGCUGGGAAAGCAGUGUGGAAGAUAAGAGUCAAUACGGGCUUGAGAAGAUGGGAGGCUUCCAGGUACAAUACGUGCCUGGCCUGGUUGCGCCCAUCGUGGAACUAUGCCUCAGUGUCCACGAAGGGCUGCGCAGCGUUGCGAUCGAAGUCCUACAAACCAUGAUCGUAAGCGAGUGGACGCUGAGCGAGGACCUAUCCCUUAUCCAGGCUGAGAUGAUCGACUGUCUCGACCACCUGUUCAAGACGAAGCACCUCACAGAGUCAGUCCUACAGAAGCACUUCAUUCAAGAGCUUGUGGAGCUGUUCGAGCCUCUUGCUCAGGAUCCCGAGCAGCCACUGCUCGCUGCGCUGAAGGGCCUUAUUGCCACUAUUGAUGACUUGUUGGAUCUUCUUGUCGCCGUACACAGCACUGAAGCUACUGGCGAGAUUUUCCAUAUUAUGGACACGCUGCACCUCAUGGAGUUCCUGAAGGACAUGCAGAAAGAGGACAUGUACAUCCGUUACGUUCACCAGUUGGUCGACUUACAAGUGGAGGCAUACAACCAUACCGAAGCCGGUCUUGCUCUGCGCCUGCAUGCGGAACUCUACGAGUGGGAUCCGAACGUUACUGUGGACCCCUUGACCGAGCCCAGCAUGCCACCUCAGUCCUCGUUCGAGCGAAAAGAGCAGCUGUACUUCCAGAUGAUCGAACACUUCGAGACUGGUCAGUCGUGGGACAAUGCGCUUAGUUCUUACGCGGAGCUGGCCUUGCAGUAUCAGCACAACAUCUUCGACUUCGUCAAGCUUGCUAGGACACAGCACGCUAUUGCAAAGAUUCACGAGAGCAUAGCAAAGGGCGAACGUUACAACCCACGGUACUUCCGGGUCGUGUACAAGGGUCUUGGAUUCCCAGUAGGGUUGCGCGACAAGCAGUUCAUCUUCGAGGGCUCUGCCACCGACCGCCUAACCUCCUUCACCGAUCGUAUGCAGCAGCAACAUCCUGCAGCGCAGAUACUGAAUCCCGGUGUUGAGCAAGACGUCGAAGGCCAGUACUUGCAGAUCUACCCAGUUAGCCCGCAAAAGGACCUCUCCCAUCCGAUCUACCAGCGAGCAAAGGUAUCACAGUCUGUGCGAGACUAUCAUCUCCUGUCGCGGCCGUCUCACUUUACAUCUGCAUCUCGACGAUCGCCGUCUCGCACUACAACUCAGGACAAUACUAUCGAAAAGACUCUCUACACAACUGCAGAAGCCUUCCCCACAAUACUGCGGCGCAGCGAGAUUGUUGCUGUCGGAACGAUCACCCUCACCUCUUUGCAGACAGCAAUAGAGCGGACCUCGCGUAAAACCAUCGAGCUUGCUGCUCUGGAGAAGAGGAUUGCCGAUGGUGACGAUACAGCCUUCAACGUACUGACCCAGGAGCUCAUGUAUGCUGUUGACACGAACAUUGAAGGCUGCGUUGCCAAUUACCACGAUUUACUGCCGAACCCACGGCGCUCAAUGGAAGAAGAAGACGAGGAUGCGACAACUCAAGUCGACCCACCGAACCCGCUAGAGAACUCAUUGCGGGUGAGCUUGAUCGACUACGCUUUGGUUAUCCGACGCUGCUUGGCAAUGUACACUAGGCCUGCUCAGCAAGCUACUAAGUCGGAUCUCUCGCAACGCUUUGAUGCAUCAUUCCACCGAGAACUCGUAAUCCUAGCACCGCCUAAUGCGCCGCCGCAAACACGCUCUCCAACAGGCUCAUGGCUCGCAGCAGCUACCUCUCGCUCCCAAGUAGGAAGUCCAACGCCAGAUGACCAACAAGUCAACGGCAACAGAGUCACAUCACCCACUCCUGAUGGCCGACCCGCCCGCCAAGACAAGAAGCGCAUGAGUCUCGCUUUCCUUACGAAGGGUGUCAUAACCGGCGAAUCCCAGUCUGACAAAGAGAACAAGAAGGAAGAAAUCACAGCACUGCCUCAACGGGCAGACGAUGCCGAGUCAACAACAACGUCAACACACAGCCGAAGCCGUAGCAAAGACACAAAUCGCACGCGCCUCUCCUUAUCCUUCCUCCGACCUAGCUCGCCCCUUGAGGCACUUCCAGACUUCGCCAGCAGCGAGAACGUGAGCGGUAUGAGCCGGGCCCCGAGCCAAAAGUCGCGUCCGGAGACCAGCAAGAGUGAGAAGAGUAGUGAUGGCACAGCCCGGAAAGGCAGUGUAAAGAAGAGGCUCAGUUUCAUGAGUAUCAGUAAGAAGAGUAGUAAAAACAGUGUUGGAGGGAGGGGAACGAGGGAUGAUGUGCUCGUUGAGGAGUGAGCUACACACCCUCCAGAUUCGCGUUGAUGUCAUUAUGCGUCCCAUUCUAGAGCUGUACGGUCUACAUCGGAGACCUUGGAUUUCCAAAGGAACGUCUUGUAAUAUAUACUUUGAUCUGUGCGCGAGGGGAGGUUGUGUGUACAGUAGCUGAUUUUGUUUCUUGUCUAUACCCUAGUUGUUUGGC